CUGAAUUGAAAGGUGAAAGUUUUGAAAAAAAAUAAUAUACCUACCUACAAGUAUUGUAAAAAUGGCAAAAUCAUUGAUGGUGGUUCUCGUUCUCGCAAUCGUAAUGAAUUCGUUCAACGCCUUGCCGGUUCAGGAAUCCAGAUCAUUUCUACAACCAUUGUUUUUACCUGAAUACCAUCAUCACCAUCAUCACCAUGAUCACCAUGAUCAUCACGGUUACUAUGGUCAUCACGGUUACCAUGGUCACCAUGGUUACUACGGACACGGUUAUGGUCACCACUACCAUCCCCACGGGGGUUACUAUCGACAUGGGGAAUAUUAAUAAUUUUACCCUAAAUUUUUGUACGAGUGUUCGAUAUUUUAAUUGAACAUGAUAACACGUGGAUUUAUGAGUGAUAUAUGUUUGUAUAUUUUUAAUCAAUUAUGUAUAAUAUAUUGUGUAUGCGUAUUUAUUUGUUGUAUUGUUAAAAUUGGU